CUCACGUGGGGCCAGCUGUGUCCUAUUCCGUACAUGUAUCUGAAGAUUACCCAGAUAAUACAUAUGUGUCAAGUUCAGAAAAUGAUGAAGAUGUAUUAGUUACUACAGAGCCAAUUCCAGUAAUUUUUCAUCGAAUAGCCACAGAAUUAAGAAAAACAAAUGACGUUAACUGUUGCUUAUCCAUAAAAUCCAAAUUACAGAAGGAAAAUGGGGAGGAGUCAAGACAAAGCAGUACAGUGGAAGAGGACUCUGAAGGGGACAACGACUCUGAAGAAUUCUAUUAUGGAGGACAGGUGAACUACGACGGGGAGCUGCACAAGCACCCGCAGCUCGAAGCCGACCUGUCGGCCGUCCGAGAGAUCUACGGGCCACAUGCCGUUUCUCUCAGGGAGUAUGGAGCCAUUGAUGACGUAGAUAUUGAUCUGCACGUCGAUGUCAGCUUUCUUGAUGAGGAGAUUGCGGUGGCUUGGGAAGUGAUUCGAACAGAGCCCAUAAUUGUCCGACUACACUGCUCACUUACGCAGUAUUUAAAUGGCCCAGUGCCCACCGUCGACGUCUUCCAGAUUUCCACCAAGGAGCGGUUUGGGUUGGGGCAUCAGCUGAAAAAGAUCAUGCAGACGUUCGUCACCCAGCAGUGGAAACAGAGCAAAGAGAAGUCGAGCUGCCUGCACACCAAGAAGCUGUCCGAGAAGAAGGUGAAGUCCCCCCUGCAUUUGUUUUCUACCCUGCGCAGGUCGCCAAGUUACCCUCCCCCUGGCUGCGGCAAAAGCAAAUCCAAGCUGAAACCCGAGCAAGACGGCAUCUCCAAAACGCACAAGCUGCUGCGCAGGACUUGCUCAGGCACGGGCAAGGCCGAGGAGGCCUGUGCCACUAAGACGCACCGGACCUUCGGCCGCUCCCUGUCCAGCGACCCCAGGGCCGAGCAGGCGGUGACCACCCUCAAGUCGCACAAACUCUUGGCCCGGCCCUGCCCGGCCGCCGCCAAGCAGGAGGACUGCGUCCCUCUCAAGCCGCACAAGCUAUUGACUCGGUCCUGCUCCGGGGACCCUCGCUGCGAGCACGGCGGCCCCGGCCUGAAGCCCCACAAGCUGCUGAGCAGGUCUUACUCCAGCAGCCUGCGCGUGGAGGAGCUCUACGGCCUGCGAGCCCACAAGCUGCUCGGCAAGGGCCCCGCCAGCGCGCCCCGGUCGCCCCGGGCCGAGCCCUUCUCGGAGCCCAGCUCGGAGGGCCGCAGGCUGUCCCUCACCUCAGGGCUCAUGGGCAUCCUGACCCCGUCCUGCUCGCCGUCCCAGCCCGCUCCAAAUGGUGCCAAAUGCGCUCCAGUGCGAGACCGCGGCUUCCUCGUGCAGACGAUCGAGUUUGCUGAGCAGCGGAUCCCCGUCUUGAACGAGUACUGUGUGGUUUGCGACGAGCGACACGUCUUUCAGAACGGCCCCAUGCUCAGGCCCACCGUGUGCGAGCGCGAGCUGUGCGUGUUUGCUUUCCAAACCCUGGGGGUGAUGAACGAGGCUGCCGACGAGAUCGCCACCGGGGCUCAGGUAGUGGACCUGCUGGUGUCCAUGUGCAGAUCUGCGCUGGAGUCUCCUAGGAAGGUUGUCAUCUUCGAGCCGUAUCCUUCUGUGGUGGAUCCUAACGACCCCCAGAUGCUGGCCUUCAACCCCAGGAAGAAGAAUUACGAUCGAGUGAUGAAGGCACUGGACAGCAUAACUUCGAUUAGAGAAAUGACGCAAGCACCGUAUCUGGAAAUCAAGAAGCAGAUGGAUAAACAGGACCCCCUUGCUCACCCCCUGCUGCAAUGGGUCAUUUCAAGUAACAGGUCACACAUUGUGAAACUGCCAGUGAACAGGCAACUGAAGUUCAUGCACACUCCCCAUCAGUUCCUCCUCCUCAGCAGCCCACCAGCCAAAGAGUCCAACUUCAGAGCUGCCAAGAAGCUCUUCGGAAGCACCUUCGCAUUUCAUGGCUCACACAUUGAGAACUGGCACUCCAUCCUGAGGAACGGCCUGGUUGUUGCUUCUAACACAAGGCUGCAGCUCCACGGGGCCAUGUACGGAAGCGGAAUCUACCUAAGUCCAAUGUCGAGCAUCUCGUUCGGUUACUCAGGGAUGAACAAGAGACAGAAGGUGUCAGCCAAGGAUGAGCCGGCGUCCAGCAGCAGGAGCAGCAACGCAUCGCAGUCACAGAAGAAAGGUCAGCAAUCCCAAUUUCUGCAGAGCCGUAACUUAAAAUGCAUAGCCUUAUGUGAAGUGAUCACCUCCCCGGACCUGCACAAACACGGGGAGAUAUGGGUCGUCCCGAAUACCGACCAUGUCUGCACCCGGUUCUUCUUCGUCUAUGAAGACGGCCAAGUUGGGGACGCAAAUAUUAACACCCAAGAAGGAGGCAUUCACAAGGAGAUCCUCCGGGUCAUUGGUAACCAGACCGCUACUGGUUAAGGGGCCACCGGGCCGUUACCGUGAUUCGAAAGCCUUCCUCGGGUUCAAAGCUGGAAUUUGAACUGAAGAAGAUGAAAUAAUUUAUUGUUAUUAUAAACAAAAUUAAUCCUUUGAAUACCGAUUUUUUUCUUAGUAUUUCUAAGUAUCUCAUUACAUACCUAAAACGGUAUGAGAUUUAUCAAUUGCAGGGUUACGGAGUCUAGUAAUAAAGGUACAGCAACCCUUAAACUGCCGUUUGGGUCGCUCACACAAUAAACAGAUUGAAAAAACA